AGAGGAGGUCACGUGGUGAGGUGAAACCGCUUCCGAAUAACGUGAGCUGGGACCGGAGUCACCGGAGAGGACUUCAGCAAAAUGAUUAUCCCAGUCAGAUGCUUCACAUGUGGAAAGAUUGUUGGAAAUAAGUGGGAGGCUUAUCUUGGACUACUGCAAGCUGAAUACACUGAAGGAGAUGCACUGGAUGCUUUAGGCUUGAAGAGGUACUGCUGUCGCCGUAUGCUUCUGGCUCAUGUGGACCUGAUAGAAAAGCUUUUAAAUUAUGCUCCACUGGAAAAAUGAGGGGAGCACUUCUUGAAGCACAUUCC